UUUCAUCUUCAUUCCAACAUGGCUGCGCUCAGGGGGAAAGUGGUCUCUAGCCGUUUAACGACUAGUUUCUUUAAACAAACGGCCACAGGCUGUAUUUCCACAAUACCCGCGGCAUGGACACGGAACGGGUUUGUUGUGCACAGAUCACAUCUUAGCACAAUUAGAGGAAGUGGAGGUUCUUUUGUUCAGGCUCUGUUGGGACGUCACAAUCAUGGGCGGUUAUACCUGGUCAGUGCCGUGGCAGUCCGCCAGAACAGCUCACAGACAGCAGAUGGAGCGAUGCCUGCUACCAGUUCAACAGCAGAAAUCUCAUUAUCUUCCCCAGAAACUGUCGGAGAAGCUGCCCACAUAGUUAAAACAGAAUCUGUUACAGGAAUUGCGUCAGUGUCUGUUCCAGUAUCUGCUUCAGAAUCGGUUACUGCUCCUGAUCUGACCCCAGGAAUCACACAGCCAGUCACAGAAAUGACAGAAGCUCCUGUGCUGGCAAUGGAUGUCCUGCAGGGGGCAGGAGCAGACCUCAGCCUGACAGAAUUAGGUCUGGGCAGCCAUACACCUGUAGGCCUAAUUCAGAAUAUUUUGGAAUUCAUGCAUGUCAGCAUUGGACUGCCGUGGUGGGGUGCUAUUGUUGCAGGCACCAUCAUAGCCCGCUGUGCAGUGUUCCCGGUCAUUGUAAAGGGCCAAAGAGAGGCAGCUAAGCUGAACAAUGUCCUGCCAGAGAUGACCAAGCUCACAACUCGCAUGAAUGAGGCCAAGCAGAGUGGCAACAAGUUUGAAUUCUCAAAGGCAUAUUCAGACAUGAUGUUGUUCCAGAAGAAGCACGAUGUUAACCCUUUGCGGGGGUUCCUGGUUCCUUUGGUGCAGGCACCAGUCUUCAUUUCUUUUUUCAUCGCCUUGCGUAAGAUGGCCUACGCUCCUGUGCCCAGCAUGCAGACUGGUGGCUUGUGGUGGUUUACAGACCUAACAGCAGCAGAUCCCUUUUACAUCCUUCCACUUGCUGUCACAGGGACUAUGUUUGCCAUUCUGGAGUUGGGAGCAGAGUCCGGUGUAGACAACCCCAACCUGCGAGCAAUGAAGACUGUCUUCAGAAUUAUGCCGUUUAUCAUCUUACCAAUGACUAUUAAUUUCCCCACGGCAGUGUUUACAUACUGGAUGACCUCGAAUCUCUUUUCGCUGGGUCAGGUUGCCUUACUGAGGCAUCCAGCAGUUAGAGACAAGCUUAACAUCCCAGUGCGCAUCACUCACCCUCCCUCAGCUCUGCCUCCCAGUGAUGGUUUUGUUCAGAGUGUCAGGAAAGGAUGGAAGAACGCCCAACUGGCUCAUCAGCUACAGGAGAGAGAGAGGAGGAUUAAGGACCACCUUGACAUUGCAGCAAAAGGUCCCCUGAGGCAGACCUUUACCCAAAAUCCCAUGCAGCAAGCGUCUGCAUCUAUGUCAACAGAGAAUUCAUCCAGGCCCAAGCAAGCAGAGCAAAAGGGUGGGAAGAAGAGGCCCUGGGAAGAAACCAUUGGUUGAACACUAGCUCCCAGAUAGUUUUUACUUAAAUUUGUAUAUAUUUAUUCAGGAGGGGAAAAUUUAAGCGUUAAAGUGAUCACUCUAAAUGUUAACCCAUUAAAGAGGAACCAGACUGGGUAACAGCUCAUUGUUGUUUGGCUUUUUUGCCUGUAAAAGUCAGUUAAAUGUAAAAACAGACCCAUGAUUAACAGACCUUUUUAUUUAAAAUCCAUUGCACAUAAAUAUGGUGUAAAUAAAUCCAAAUC